UGUUGUCUUGGGGGAAGCAGUUGCGUUAUCAACGGUCAGAAGACUGCAGCAGGUUGGACAUAGGGGACCAGGCUGCAAUACUGACUUUCGUAGUAGGUUGGAUACCCGCCUACUCCGGCGCCUUCCUAGCGACUCUCACCAGCUCAAAGCCCGCCCACGACGCGCGCGGAGCGACCACUUCCGCCCUCACCUCUCUCGGUGCAAGAUGGCAGAGGAGCCGGAGUCUGCGCUGCAGCUCCCGCCCGCAACUGCUGCUGAGGGCGAUGGACCUACGGAGGUCUCCCCAGAAACUGCCACUCCGGAACCCCCUUCUUCCGCUUCAGUUUCCCCCGGAACAGAAGAACCUGCCGGUGACACCAAGAAAAAAAUUGACAUCCUACUAAAGGCUGUGGGAGACACACCUAUAAUGAAAACAAAGAAAUGGGCUGUAGAGCGAACCCGAACCAUCCAAGGACUCAUUGACUUCAUCAAAAAGUUUCUUAAACUCGUGGCUUCAGAACAGUUGUUUAUUUAUGUGAAUCAGUCCUUUGCCCCCUCUCCAGACCAGGAAGUUGGAACCCUCUAUGAGUGUUUUGGCAGUGAUGGUAAACUGGUCCUGCAUUACUGCAAAUCUCAGGCUUGGGGAUGAACUACAGAGGAACAGAUCUCACUAACUUAAAUCUACACAAAGGAAGCAGCUCUGAACAGUUUUGAUCUCAUGGCAAGAGACAUAGAUGUAAU